AUGGUUUGGCCAAAAGGCAUGCCGAUUUUAAAGAACUUUGGAAAUUCGUUAAAAAUACAAAUUAAAGAUAUGCCAAUUCUUCAACGUUCAAAGCCAAAGCCAAAUGUGGUAGUUAUACCGAAUUAUCAUCUUCCAAUCCAUGACGAUCCAAAUAUAAUAAAAGCUCAUGUUCCUGAUCUUAUAAGAUCAUAUGAACAACUUCCUAAUGGACUGAAGGAUAUAUUUGAAAACAAUCGAAAAUGGGCAAACACAGAACAAUUACAUCGCAUAAAGUUUUUUGAGAACUUAUCCAAAGGACAAAGUUGUUCGGAUUCUCGCGUUGUCCCGGAAACGAUCACUCAAUUGGGUUUUGGUCAAAUAUUUGUACACAGAAAUGUUGCGAAUCAAUUCAAUGCCAAUGACUUGAAUUGUAUGUCAGAAUUGGAAUUUGCUGUGCAUAAUAUCAAAGUUGAACAUAUCAUUGUAUGUGGUCACACUAAUUGUGCAGGCGUAAUGAAUGCUUGUAACGAUGAACUUCACAUCAAUUUAAAAACUUGGUUGACCGAUAUCCGAAAAAUAAAAGAUGAAUAUCCAGAAUUAUUUCCGAAUCACGUGCUCAAAAGCACGUUGCCCCAAAGUGAAAUAGAUAGAUUGCAUAAAAGAUUAAUUAAGAUUAAUGUUUCAAAGCAAGUAAACAAAAUUGCUUCAAAUGAAAUCGUUCAGGAAGCUUGGAAAGAUGAGAAAAGAAAAUUAGCAAUUCACGGUUGGGUCUUCAAUGUAGAGAAUGGACAUUUAGAAGAUAUAGGAGUAACGGUUGGAAAGCAUUAA